AUGGGGCAGUGCACAUCUCACAGCUGCGUUGCAGUCCAAGAUUCUUCUGCAUGUAUGUCACCAACACCUGUCCCUGAGAGAGUAGAAAAGAAGAAGAGAGGGAGGCUUUUUAGAUGGUGUUUUUCUAGGAAAUCCAAGAAAACAACCAUCGAAGCCCAACAGAGUCAGAGCAGAAAUGACAGCAGUCAACCACCUCAGAGAUGCUCUGACGGUGAAGAUGAACAGAAUAACAACACCCAGAGCAUCAACACUCCCAGCAACAACAACAUUGUUCAUUCACUGGACAAAGCUGAAGAGAGCAGUGACACUAACACUUCAGUGUUCAGCCAUGUGUCUCCCUUCAGCGCUGUGGAGAAGGUUAACGAAGAUGAAGCUGAAGAAAACAGCAACACUUCAGUGUUCAGCCAUGUGUCUCCCUUCAGCGCUGUGGAGAAGGUUAACGAAGAUGAAGCUGAAGAAAACAGCAACACUUCAGUGUACAGCUGCGUAUCUUCCUUCAGCGCUGUGGAGAAAGUUAACGAAGAUGUUCCUAAAGCUGAAGAAAACAGCAACACUUCAGUGUACAGCUGGCACAGCUGUGUAUCUACCCUCAACACUGUGCAGGAGGCUGAUGCUCCCAGACAAGAGCAAGAGGAGAUCAACACGAACAACAGUACUUCGCCAACUGUGUCAUCCAUUGCUAAAGGGGACCUCAACGCUCCUUUGCCAUUGGGCGACAUGUCAUGGAAAACUGAGGAUGAAAUUAUCAAUUUAAGUCCAAACCCAAAGACAGGGAACAUCAGCCAGGACUAUGAAAUUGGUAGACUUCUCGGUCAAGGAGGAUUUGGAAAAGUGUUUGAAGGAACGCGAUUGUCUGAUUCACGAAAGGUGGCACUCAAAUAUGUGGCGAAGAAAGAAUGCUUUGGAAAUGAGCGACUUAGUCUAUUUGGCAAAGCGCUUCCAAAUGAGGUCGCUAUGAUGAUUCGUGUGAGCGAAGGCCCCAGUGUUCCCCAAAUAAUAAAGCUGCUGGACUGGUAUGAGACACGGAAGGAAUACAUACUGGUCAUAGAGCGGCCCACACCUUGCAAAGAUCUGCGGCAGUAUUUAGUGCAGAAUUGUUGCAGAAUCAACGAGUCAAAAGCACGAGUUGUGAUGCAUCAAGUUGUUACUGCUGCAAGAAUAUGCAUUGAAAGGGGAGUCUUCCACAGCGACAUCAAGCUAGAAAACCUGCUAAUCAAUGAGAACAGCUUUCAGGUCAAAUUAAUCGACUUUGGUGUUAGUAGAAGCUUGAACACGUUUGGUUAUAAGAGGUACAUUGGUACAAGAAUUUAUGGUCCCCCUGAGGCUUUAAACAGAAAAUGCAGGUACUACGCCAAGCCGGCAACAGUAUAUUCUUUAGGCAUACUGUUGUUCGCGAUGCUGUUUGGGAAGUACCCUUACAAGAUGGAGCCUAAGAUCUUUGCCAGGACCUUGAAAACAGCAGAAAUUUCCAAAGAAUGCAGAGAACUGAUAUCUUCAUGCAUAGAAAAAGAUCCAAACAAGAGGAUUGACUUGGACAAGAUCCUCGACCAUGACUGGUUCCAAGUUUUGCUCCUGAAUCCGGAGAGACAAAACCAGGAACCCAUAGAACCCAGUGAUGCGGUCCCGUCUGCCUUGGCCUUCAUCCACCACUGCCGCCGCACAUGGAGGAGGGCUGAGGGGGUCCUGGCCCAGACUUCCAGAUGGACCACUGUCAUUGAUCAGAUUUCCUUAAUUAUUCACCUAUUUAUUCUCCUCGUGUUCACUGUCUUGUGCCAGAUUGUUUGUGGAUGUUACCAUGUGCUCCGGCCAGCCAUUAUUUCUUGUCGAAGUUAUAUUGUGUUUUGUGUCCCGUUUGAGUUUCUUUUAGUUUUUUUUCUCUCUCUCUUCUUCCACCAAGAUUGUGUUCUCUCUCUGCCCCUGCCUGGCUUUCUUUCUGUUCCCCGGAUCUGGUUUGACUCACUCCAAUCCCUCAUUCCUCGCCCACCAGCUCUCUGCCGGAUGUGUCGCCCUGCCCACCUGGGUGCUGCAAUCUACAUAGCGGUCUGUUUCUACAGUUCCUCUGAAGGCUGCACGGGACCGAGCUGCCUGCAGCUCCUGCUGGAUUUAAUUCACGAGUUUACAUUUACAUAUAAUUAAGUACAGUAAGGGUUAUGCAUAUUUGGUGUGCUGUCCGGAGGGAGGGUUCCGAGCUCGGAAAUUUUGGCUCGAACCCAGAGUACUCCCCCCCCUCGUUGAGAUAGAAGUAGAUAGAACUGAAGUGAGGAGAAGGGGUGGAGGAGGGAUGCUGAUGAACUGUCAGACGGACAGAGGUAAGUCUGCUGUAUUUAUACCUCUUGUCAUGAUUGCAUUGAUUAACUGAAAGCACCAAUGAGCCAUUACUCAUCCAGCUGAAGUGUGUCUUAUGUGGUUUUUACAGCAAAGUCCACCUUGAAUCUUCACUGAAAAUUCAUGUUUGAUCAUUAUAUAUGUGCUGUAUGUGUGGACUCGUUCAACAUUUAAAUUUAGACGAAACUCAUGUGAUAGGAUGUCACUGGACAAUUUCAGAUAAUAUGAAGAUAUAAUUUGCAGCUACCUGAAGCUAUCUUUUAGGCCCUUUUUAUUUUUAUGUAUUUAUAUAAAACGUGUAGCCUUAUAAUCUUUUAAACUGUGUAUUUGUGUGAACUGUUAGUAUGAAAUAUUUUGUAGGACUAAAAUUGAAACCAAUUAAACAAUUUAAAAAAAUAAAUAUGAAACUGUUAUAAACAUAAAUAUAAUAAUAAAUAUGAAUAAAAAUAACAUUUUGUAGUAAUUAUAAUAUAAUAACAGGAUGCAAAAAUAAUACAGUAAUCAAACUGUCAUAUUAUUUAAGACAGCAUGUUAGAAAAAAUAAAAUAAAAAUGAGGUUAUAAAUGUCAGGUUAUAUGAAUGUGCUGUCUGUAAGAUUACUCAUGCUUGCAGUUUAACACAAAACAUUUGUUUUAUUAGUAAUACCACAACAGCACAUACGUGUGUCUUAAUAGAAAUGUUAUAAUAUAUUAUCUUGAAUUAGAUAAUCUGAUAUUUGUGGUAAUAAAAAUAGACCUACGCAAAGACCCAAGCCACUAAAAUGACUUAAAAUACAUAUAUAAUAAUAACAAUGAGGCAAUAAUAUUUGGUUCAAAUAAAGUAUCAAGAGCAAGUGAUCAUAUGGUUUUAUAGAUCAACACUUUUAAAAUACAUAAUAUUCAUAAUAACUGACAGUUCGCAAAGACCCGGCCGCUUUAGUUGCUAUGUCCGACAAGCCAUCACUCUCACGCCACACAUCAUGUUCUCACACAGUGAAAAAUACAAUGCAGAGUAAAGAGGAAACUGACAACACGUCGACAGACAAUGCAGAGCAGAUUACUUUUGAUAUGAAACAAAGUCUCUAAUUUCAAAUUUAGUAAUUUUUAAAGAAAUUUAAAAAAUAAUAAAUACCAUUUUGUGGCUCUUUAAUAUGUCGUGAUUCAUCGCUGUAACGCCUCGUGAACCGAUCAUCUCUUCCUACUUGUUAAAUUAGCAUCAAAUAAACAUGAAUGGACUUCAGAUUGUUAUUACAGCCAUAGAAAGAUGUCAGUACACACCAUUUUUCAAGUUCAAG